AUGUCAUUGUUACUUCAGAGCAUCAGCCGGAAUAGAAGUAAAGGAAAGACAAUUUCUCUUCCCCCUCUGCUGUCAUCGUUACUUCAGAGCAGCAGUGAGCAUAAAUCAUGGGAAAGACUCUAUCUCUAUCACCUCGACUGUCAUUGUUACUUCAAACCAUCAGUCAGCAUAAAAGUCAUCAGUCAGCAUAAAGGUAAGGGAAAGACCAUAUCUCUUGCCCCUCGACUGUCAUUAUUACUUCAGAGCAUCAGUCAGCAUAAAAGGGAAACACGCUAUCUCUUCCCCAUCGACUAUCAUUAUUACUUCAGAGCAUCAGUCAGCAUAAAAGGGAAAGAACCUAUCUCUUGCCCUCGACUGUCAUUAUUACUUCAGAGCAUCACUCAGCAUAAAAGGGAAAGAACCUAUCUCUUGCCCUCGACUUUCGUGAAUGCUGGCAUAACCCUUGCCUUUACCAUAUAUGCAUAUCUAUCUAUCUAUCUAUCUAUCUAUCUAUCUAUCUGUAACGGAUUCUCCCUUCGAUCUUAA